UGCUAGAAAGAACGAACCAGAGUAGAGAGAGAGAGAGAGCGAGAGGAAGUUCACUCAAAAACCCUAGUCUCACUCUAUCUCCCGUUCGCGCUCUCCCUCUCCCUCUCUCUCUCUCUCUCUCUCUCUGCAGCUCACAUCGGCAACAAUGGCAGCUAUGAUGCAACCUCAGAUCAUACUGCUCAAGGAAGGAACGGACACGUCGCAGGGGAAGGCGCAGCUGGUGAGCAACAUCAACGCCUGCACCGUGGUGGCCGAUACGGUCCGCACCACUCUCGGCCCCCGCGGUAUGGACAAGCUGAUCCACGACGACAAGGGGAACGUCACCAUCUCCAACGACGGCGCCACGAUCAUGAAGCUCCUGGACAUCGUGCAUCCUGCUGCUAAGAUCCUCGUCGACAUCGCCAAGUCUCAGGACUCUGAGGUUGGUGAUGGAACAACUACAGUUGUUCUCCUUGCUGGCGAGUUUCUUAAGGAAGCCAAACCUUUCAUUGAAGAUGGCGUCCACCCUCAGAAUUUGAUACGGAGUUAUCGGACAGCUUGUUCUUUGGCAAUUGAGAAAAUCAAAGAGUUGGCCAUCAGCAUAGAAGGUAAAACUCGAGAGGAAAAGAAAAGCCUGCUAGCAAAAUGUGCUGCCACGACACUCUCUUCGAAGCUUAUUGGUGGAGAGAAGGAAUUCUUUGCAUCAAUGGUUGUGGAUGCUGUUGUUGCAAUUGGGAAUGAGGAUAAGCUGAACAUGAUUGGAAUAAAGAAGGUUCCUGGUGGUAGCAUGCGGGAUUCAUUUCUCGUUGAUGGCGUCGCCUUUAAGAAGACCUUUUCAUAUGCGGGCUUUGAGCAGCAGCCAAAGAAAUUUUUGAAACCUAAGAUUCUUCUCCUAAAUAUUGAGUUGGAGCUCAAAUCUGAGAAAGAAAAUGCUGAAAUAAGACUCUCAGAUCCAUCCCAAUAUCAAUCAAUUGUGGAUGCUGAAUGGAAUAUUAUUUAUGACAAACUGGACAAAUGUGUUCAAAGCGGAGCCAAAGUUGUUCUCUCGCGUUUAGCUAUAGGUGAUCUUGGUACACAGUACUUUGCCGAUCGGGAUAUUUUCUGUGCUGGCCGUGUAUCUGAAGAAGAUUUACUACGGGUAGCUGCUGCUACUGGUGGGACUGUACAGACAUCUGUGAAUAAUGUCAUUGAUGAGGUUCUCGGAACUUGUGAAGUUUUUGAGGAGAAGCAAGUGGGAAAUGAAAGGUUCAACAUAUUCAGUGGAUGCCCCUCCGGCCUAACUGCCACAAUUGUUCUUCGUGGUGGAGCUGAUCAGUUCAUAGAAGAAGCCGAGCGGAGUCUGCAUGAUGCUAUCAUGAUUGUUAGAAGAGCUCUGAAGAACUCUACUGUUGUUGCUGGUGGAGGUGCCAUAGAUAUGGAGAUAAGUCGAUUUCUGAGGCAGCAUGCACGCACAAUAGCAGGAAAAUCUCAGCUUUUCAUUAACUCUUAUGCAAAAGCACUUGAGGUCAUUCCUAGGCAACUCUGUGACAAUGCUGGCUUUGAUGCAACUGAUGUUUUGAAUAAAUUGAGACAGAAGCAUGCACUUCCGACAGGUGAAGGUGCGCCAUAUGGAGUGGACAUAAAUACUGGUGGUAUUGCAGAUUCGUUCGCCAACUUUGUUUGGGAACCAUCCGUUGUCAAGAUCAAUGCAAUAAAUGCAGCCACCGAGGCAGCUUGCCUUAUCCUAAGUGUAGAUGAGACGGUAAAGAACCCUAAGUCCGAGAGUGCCCAAGGAGAAGCUGCUGCUAGUGCCAUGGGUGGUAGAGGACGUGGAGGAGCUGCUUUCCGUGGCCGCGGCGGACGAGGCAUGAGAAGACGGUGAUCUUGUUGCUUAGGUUGCUCUUUCAAUGUAGCGGAGUAGGUUUUGGGUCAAGGCACUUUCUUUCCAUCAUUCCCAAUGCGAUUCAGUCGGACAUUACAUUUCAGCCAUUCAGGCCCCUGACGGCUUCGGCUUUCGAGAAAUGGAGUGCUUAAGCCCAACUGUUCCAAACGAUUAGUUCUUUCUUGGGUCUAUAACUCACUUGCGGCCAUGGACCUUUUGAGCAAUCUUUCUGAUUGGGAGGAAAUUUUGUUGUUUGGUGUUUUGUUGCCAUCAAACAAAUGUUUGUGAUGUGGCUAUUUCUUGAUUUUGCAGUUUGCUGCGACUGAAUUAUUGUAAGGAUUGGUUUUCUGUUGCAUUGAGGUCUGAAUGUGCCCGUCUAUUGAGAGAAUGUUGGGCAUAGGUUACUGAA